CGAGAGUCACUUUGAGAAAAACAUUGUUUAUCAGCUGACCAGAAACUAAGUUUGCUGUGAAAUGGGCUUUUGUGGGAGGACUUGUCUUCAAGAAAACACAGAAGCGAGGGUAACAGAGUAUACAGUUAUGAGUUUCGAUGAGAUCUGAUCUUUAAUAAGCACCAGCAUGGAGACAUGCCCAGACAAGGGCUUCAGGAAAAACAACAUUACUUUCUCUUCUUCACAAACACAACUAAAACUUUCUGUUUAAAACUCUAUGCUUUGCUGCUCUUGCUGCUUCAUCCUUCCCUUUCAUCACUAACGUUUACUUUAUGAGACUCCCGGACCCUGUCUGUGAAAAUGGCCCACGCAGAACCAGUAAUACCCAGCGUUAACUCGUCUUACCUUCAAAGUCCAUAUGGCGACCAGAGCACAACUGAUGAUGAAGAAGUUGAAGACCAUAGUCCCUCUGCAUCUCUUCUCCCCAAACGUUCCCCACCACCUCUUGUCAUGCGCUACACUCCAAAGGACUCCUACUCUAAAGUGUACAUCACAUUUUUUCUGAUGGGAAUUGGCUCCCUCCUUCCCUGGAACUUCUUCAUAACAGCCAAACACUACUGGCUUUACAAACUUUCCAACGGUACUCACCAUAGCGGAGACGAGGAGCACCGUUCGGACCUCAGCGACUACUUUGAAAGUUAUCUGGCCAUUGCCUCCACGGUGCCCUCUGUACUUUGUCUGAUACUCAACUACAUCCUUGUCAACAGGCUGUCGCCAGACAUUCGAAUCCUGUCUUCCCUUUUCGUCAUCCUGGUGGUGUUUGUGGUCACCACAGUGCUGGUGAAGGUGGACGUGUCAAACUACAGAACCGAGUUUUUCAUUGGCACACUUGUCAGCGUGUCUGUUGUGAGCGGAGCCUCCAACCUCUUCUCUGGCAGCGUGUUCGGGAUCAGUGGCCACUUUCCCAUGAGGAUCUCUCAGGCCCUCAUAUCAGGCCAAGCCAUGGGUGGCACGCUGAGUUCAGUAGCAUCAAUAGUAAACCUAGCUGUGGCUGAUGAUGUGACAGACGACGCGCUGGCCUACUUCCUCACAGCUGACGUCUUCAUCCUGCUCUGUAUCAUUUUAUACUUGAUUUUGCCCAGGAUGGAGUAUUCACGACACUACAUGCUGGCAGCAACAUCCAUCACCUCAGGAGGGAACGGUGAGGGCCGAAGCGCUGCGGGCGUUGUCCCACCACUACAGACCAUCAUCAAGAAGUCCUGGGUGCUUGGCCUGUGUGUCUUCUAUGUUUUCUUCGUCUCCAUUUCCGUGUUCCCCGCCGUAUCGUCAGGGAUCCAGUCCGUCAACGUGGACAGUGGCAGUCCCUGGACAACCACUUACUUUGUGCCUUUCACCAGCUUCCUCUUGUAUAACGUGGCGGACUUCUGCGGCAGGCAGGCAACGGCGUGGGUGCAGGUCCCCGGUCCCACAAGCAGAGUCCUGCCCGUGCUGGUGCUGUGUCGCUCCAUCAUGAUACCGCUUUUCAUGUUCUGCAACUACCAGCCACGAGACCACCUCCAUAGAGUACUCUUCAACCAUGAUGUGUACCCAGUGGUUUUUAACUGCCUGCUAGGUCUUACCAAUGGUUACUUAGGCACCCUGCCCAUGAUCUACGGCCCAAAGGUGGUACCGCGGGAGCUGGCAGAAGCCACAGGGGUCAUCAUGACAUUCUUUCUCACUCUGGGAUUAGCUGUUGGAUCUGCUUUCUCCGUGCUUAUCGUACACUGUAUCUAACAUGGAUUUUUAAAAACUGUAAUCCGAGUAUCAUACAGCUGUGAAGAGGAGCCAACAAGUAAGCAACUACACAAGUAUAGUCAGCUCGAGGAAUCAAGCUCCUUAUUCUCACUGGUCCAGCAACGCCUUCAUACCUCACUACGUUUACAGCAAUGUGACAUUGCUGCAGCCUACAAUGGACACCAAGAUGCUCCAGAACUUAAUUUCAAAUAUUGCGGAACAUUCAAUUAUAUAAUUGAAGAAAUUACAUUCUGGGUUACACAGGGAUUUCCUUUGCAGAGGACAUCGCGCUGCGUUUCCACAGAAAACUGAGGCUUGCUGAUAAAACUGAACAUUAAACAAAUUUAAAUGA